UGACCCCGCGUCACCAAACAGCUGCAAGCUAACCGCAGCUUCAGGAGGUCACGGUGCAGCUGGCUCCCUCGCGCAGCUAGCUAACGGCACAGCUGUUGACAGGCGGCAACGACACAGGAACGGGGCUGGCUCUCCGUCCAUCAUCCCGCAAGAGCACCGGAACCGGCCUAGAGGAGCAAAUGAACGAGCUGGUGAAGAGUUUGCCCUCCCCGUGUCUCCCGGGGCUCCAGCUGCUGUGUUUGAAUGCCGGUAACUACAAAGGCUGGCUGUAUAAAUGGACCAACUACCUGAAGGGUUACCAGCGGCGGUGGUUCGUCCUCAGUAACGGCCUGCUGUCCUACUACAGGACUCAGGCAGAAAUGGGGCACACCUGCCGGGGAACCAUUCCCUUGGCAACAGCACACAUCGAGGUGGGUGACACCUGUCACCUGGUGUUAACUAGUGGAGGCCGAAGCUACCACCUGAAGGCCACCUCUGAGGGAGAGUGUCAGCGAUGGGUCUCAGCCCUGCAGCAAGCCAGGGCCAAUUCCACUCUACUGAUGCACCACUCAGAUGACUCGGGAGAUGAAGGCCCUGUACCUCAGGAGGACCGAGCCCUAACCCAAGGGGUGCUCAAGGCUCUGGCCAGCAAGCUAGAUGACCUGAGCACCUGUAACGAGCUGAUAGGAAAGCACGGCGCCGCCCUCCAGCGCUCUCUCAGCGAACUUGAGGAACUGCGCGGCUCCGCUGACGGCACAGACAGAGUGAAAGCUGUUAAUGAGCGAGCCACCCUUUUCCGCAUCACCUCCAACGCUAUGCUCAAUGCUUGUCGUGACUUUCUGGACGUGGCAGAAUCUCAAAGCCGAAGGUGGCAAAAGACCCUGCAGUAUGAGAGAGAGCAGCGUCACCAUCUGGAGGAGACCAUCGAACAGUUAGCCAAACAGCACAACAACUUAGAGAGAGCUUGGCGGGAGAACCCCACAUCAUAUACAGGUGUGGAGCGGUCUCAGGAGGGAGACGCGAGUGAUGAGAAUGACGAGGCCGAGUUCUUUGAUGCGAUGGAGGACUCCCCUGCAUUCAUAACUGUGACUGCUAGUGGCAACAUACAGCACAUGCGCUCAGGAAGUAAUCAGAGUAUGAUGAGCGGAGGAAUGUCCAAUGACUGGACUCACAAUGAGAAUGACACUUCAGGCACAAACCACAUGCAGCUACGAAGAACAAGACGCAGUCGUAUUCCUGACAAGCCAAACUACUCCCUGAACCUGUGGAGCAUCAUGAAGAACUGUAUUGGAAAAGACCUGUCCAAGAUACCCAUGCCUGUAAACUUCAACGAGCCGCUGUCGAUGCUGCAGCGUCUGACGGAGGAUCUGGAGUACAGCGACCUUCUGGACCGGGCAUCUCGCUGUCACUCCUCUCUGGAGCAGAUGUGCCUGGUGGCGGCCUUUUCUGUCUCCUCUUACUCCACCACAGUCCAUCGCACAGCCAAGCCCUUCAACCCUCUGCUGGGGGAGACGUACGAGCUGGACCGACUGGAGGAGUAUGGUUAUCGCUCCAUCUCUGAGCAGGUCAGUCAUCACCCACCAGCUGCUGCCCACCAUGUGACGUCACAGCGAGGAUGGACCCUGUGGCAGCACAUCACUAUUGAUAGCAAGUUUCGUGGGAAAUAUAUUUCUGUCUUGCCAUCAGGAAACAUUCACCUGCAGUUCCACUCAAGUGGAAACCACUACGUGUGGAGCAAAGUGACUUCAACGGUGCACAACAUCAUUGUGGGGAAACUUUGGAUUGAUCAGUCCGGGGACAUUGACAUUGUUAACAACACUACCAGGGACACCUGCCGUCUCAAAUUCUCCCCCUACAGCUACUUCUCCAGAGACGUCCCACGUAAAGUGACAGGAGUGAUCGAGGACAGAGAGGGCACAGCCCAUUACAUUCUGUCAGGAACCUGGGAUGACAAGAUGGAGAGCGCCAAGAUAGUGGACAGCAGCCAAGGAUGCGGAGGCUUUGAAGGCAAACAAAAGACGGUUUAUCAGACUCUUCAGCCCAAACUGUUGUGGAAAAAAUACCCUCUCCCAGAUAAUGCAGAGAACAUGCACUUUUUUUCCUCCUUGGCUCUGACUCUCAACGAGCAAGAAGAGGGCAUCGCGCCCACUGACAGUCGUCUGCGGCCAGACCAGCGGCUAAUGGAGGCAGGCGUGUGGGACGAGGCAAACACCCAUAAGCAGCGUCUGGAGGAGUGUCAGAGGCUGGAGAGGAAAAAAAGGGAAGCGCAAGCCAAUCGGGCCCUGGAGGAAGGGCAAGACAUCGAGGGUUUCCAGCCACUGUGGUUUGAAAAGAGGGCAGAUGAUGCAACAGGAGAACGUACCUACAUCUACCGGGGAGGCUACUGGGAGGCCAAAGGAAGACAGGACUGGAGCCAAUGCCCCGAGAUCUUCUAGGAAAAAAGUUCCCCUGGCACCGUGCUUCAGGCGGAGAGGUUCCUCCUCCUGUAAGGACACUCUGUGAUAUAUGUAAAUGUGUUUGUGUGUGUGUGUGUUUGUGUGAGUGCACGUGCGCAUGCGCGUGUGUGCGUGGAGCUGCAUGAUUGGCAGAUGCUUGACUGAGCAAUGUUUUCUGCACCAAAACACAUAUUUUAUUGGGUGUGUGUGGGAAUAACUUGGGGGCAAGGAGUGCCGAGGAAGGUUCUCCUCCCAGUGGGAACAGCGUGUUCCUCACGCUCUGACUGACACGCCAGACUUUUAAAGGACUGCCGCAGGAGUACGCGCUCUUCUGCGCUCAACAGCUUUUUCACAGCAGAACUUUAUCGAUUGAUCCCCCUGAUAUCUGGGAAUUGUACUAUUGCCCAAACUGUAUCUUGAGGGAUGUAGAGUCAUUGUCCAGUCUGACUGGCCUCUGACGAGCAGCUAGUACCGGGCAUUGAAAACCAAAGCAGAUGUCAUUCUGACUGAAUACACCUUGCUGUUUAGACAAAUGCUGCUUCCACAUGCUCUUCAAAUAUUUGCAUUAAAGGAACACUCCACUAUUCACUAGUAUGAAGAUUACUACACAGCCUGUGAAGACGACUGUGAAGGGGUUUCACACAGCUUGGUUGAGUCAAAGAAAAGUUCUACUCUGGGCUGGAGUUUGAAAAGUUAACCAAGCUCAGAGUGUCCAACUAAAGACACUUUUUAGUUUUGUGUUUUAGGGAAAUGUAGGAUCCAUCUUUUUUUUAAGCUUCGCUCAUACUAAAGACGAAAAGGGAAGAUGGCGUCACACUUUGCUGAUUCUAUUUUGACAACUCUCUUUUGAUGUUUGUCCCUCACAAGUCCCCAAAAGUAAUGGAGCAGUACAUCGCUGGAGUACCAUUUCAAAUAGAGACUGAAGUAAAAGUCUGCUUUGCCUGGAGGAUAUACUUCAGCAAGGAAUUGUGUUGGUGCUCACUCAAUACUAGGUUUAGCCUUAUUUAUGUCAUGAAGCACUAAGUCACGAACCACAACCGAUUUCUGAGAUACUGUACAGAUUUUAGAAAUCCAGCAGGCUAUGUAUACGUCAGGGUAAUUUAGAUGUUAUUCCAAUUGUAGUCAAAUGAUCAGGGCAAUGAUCAAGUAGCUAGACGUGUUUCCCCUUGUAAAAACUGCUUUAUUUCGAUAUGUCAGCAAUAACACACAAUGUCUCUUGAGAGGAAAAUACUUUUUGCAGCACAAAAGUAUGUUGUGGAAACAGUAUUCCAUGAGCUGAAUGAUAGUUAUGUAAAUAAAUCUGAUUUAUACACAUCAGUCAAAAAACAGAAAGACAAUUAAUGGACAGUCCAUAUGCUGAUGUUUUGUUGUGUACAUUAGUAGUAAAUAUACAUACAAUAAUUAAUAUUACCCUGCUUAUUUAUAGUUUUCAGCUUAUUGUGUAUUAUAAUAGGGCAUGAGGCACAUGUAUAAUUGCCUGAUUGCUUUUGGCCUGUAUAUAGCAAUAAUAUAAUAGAAAUAGAAUUGGCUAAUGUAUUAUCACUGUGUGAAGAUAUUGUUUCACAUUACUUGAACAUUCACAUUGUGAGCACUAUUUCAACUUUAUCUGUGUAUACAUGAGCUUAAAUAGAUUUGAGAUUGUAUACCUGUUAUUAAUCUGUUCGGGAAAUGAAUUUAUGAAUACGAUAUAUAAUAUUGAUGAUGCAAAUAAGGUGUUGUUUAAAUAAAGCACAAUGGUAUGUGUUCCUGCAGGUAUUACAUACAUGCUACAUAAUCUUAAAAGUUUCCAUGGUUACAUAUGCAUUGUCUUAGAGUGCUUCAGCGCUUCUGUAGUGGAAAGCCUCUUCACCUAGCUAGUAGUUUGUGGACACUUACUGAAACAUGAUGUGAACUCACCUUUUGUGCCCAAUCAGCUCAGAAACUUUAUAUUUUUUAGCUCAAAUAAAAACAUAAAGCUGAA